AUGAUAAUUUCCUNGUUAAAAAAUUUGGAUGAAGGUUUGGCUGACUUAGAUAUUAGAUUAGAAACAUUAGAAAAAUUGGUUGAUAAAAACUGUAGUUUAAGUGAUCAAAGUAAUGUUACGAAAAAGUUUAAUGAUAUUACUCGCGAACUUGAUUUUUUGGAUAGUCAACGACGAAUAAAUAAUGUUGUCAUUUCCGGUUUGGAGGAGAUUCGGGAUGAAUCUUCCGUAGAAACUAAAGAGAAAAUAAUUGAAUUUGCUUCACGUGUUUUACAAAUGCCCGAUAUUAAAAUCGGUAGGGCAAUGAGAGUUGGAAAGAAAAAAGCUAAUUCCCCAAGACUGAUUAUUUGUACUUUUGUUGAUUAUUAUGAAAAAAUGUACUUUAAGAAACGAGUUUUGGAGUUAAAACCGGAUGGUGUCUAUGUAAAUGAUGAUUUCUCUCCCAGAGUGAGAAAUAUUAAUUCUUUAUUUAUAUUUAAAUUUUAA